GGUUGCGCCUUACUAGCCUUCAGAAUGGAGAGCGCCGAUUGGUUGCUCCCUCCUGCCCCUCACAAACUCCAACACUGACUGGUUUCCGUAGCAGAGAGUGAGUAAGAGGUGGAUGGCUGCCUGGGACUUAUGGUUUCCAUGGCGGAAGGUUAAGACAUGGAUGACUUGAACCUUCACUAUCGAUUCCUGAACUGGAGACGACGAAUUCGUGAAAUUCGUGAGGUGCGCGCUGUACGUUACCAAGAGAGGACCAAGCACAUCGCUGUUGAGGGGGAUACCCUCAGUUACCACGGGAAUUCAGGAGAGGUUGGCUGCUACGUUGCUCCCCGCCCUCUCAGCAAAGAUAACAAUUACUUUGAGGUGUCUAUCGUGGACCGUGGUGUUCGUGGGACAAUAGCAGUUGGCUUAGUGCCACAAUAUUACAGCCUGGAUCACCAGCCAGGAUGGUUACCGGAUUCAGUGGCAUACCACGCGGAUGAUGGCAAGCUAUACAGCGGAAGGACAAAGGGAAGACAAUUUGGAACCAAGUGCAGUUCUGGGGACAGAAUUGGUUGUGGUAUUGAACCCAGUUCCUUCCAUGUACAGACUGCUCAAAUAUUCUUCACUAAAAAUGGAAAGCGGGUUGGUAGCACUGUGAUGCCUCUGUCUCCAGAUGGUCUUUUCCCAGCAGUUGGGAUGCACUCCCUUGGUGAGGAAGUGCGGCUUCAUCUGAAUGCAGAGCUUGGUGGUGGUGAGGAGGAUGACAGCAUAAUGAUGGUGGACAGCUAUGAGGAUGAAUGGGGGAGGCUACAUGAUGUGAGAGUGUCUGGCACACUCCUCGAAUAUGUGGGAAAUGGUAAAAGCAUCAUAGAUGUGGGCCUGGCGCAAGCCCGCCGAUGUCUCAGCACUCGUAGCCAUUACUUUGAAGUCGAGAUUGUUGACCCCGGGGAAAAAUGUUACAUAGCUCUUGGCCUGGCAAGAAAGGAUUACCCCAAAAACAGGCAUCCAGGUUGGAGCCGUGGUUCUGUUGCUUAUCAUGCAGAUGAUGGAAAGAUAUUUCAUGGCAGUGGUGUAGGAGAUCCUUUUGGGCCUCGUUGCUACAAGGGAGAUAUUAUGGGCUGUGGUAUCAUGUUUCCCCGGGAUUAUAUACUUGAUAGUGACGUAGAGAGCGAUGACAGCUGUGACAUGAAGGAGCUCAGGCAUCAGCCACGGGGAGUAAGGAAUGUAAUGUAUCUGCGACGAGAACAGCAACAGGAGGAUUGGGAGGAAGAGGAGGAAGAAGAGGAGGAGGAUAUGGAGAGAGAGCAUGAAGGCAGAAAAGUAAUGGUUUUCUUCACAAGGAAUGGAAAAAUAAUUGGAAAAAAAGAAUCCGUGCUGCCUCAUGGCGGCUUCUACCCGACAAUAGGAAUGCUGAGCAUUGGGGAGAAAGUGAAAGUCGACCUUCAUCCCUUAAGUGGGUGAAGUUACACUGGAGUGUAUCAGCACACUGCAUCCUUCAGCCAUACAUCAACUCCCUGGUCAUGCACGAUUUGCACGUGGGCUUGUGAUAGUGCUUUUUUUCGUGUUUGGAAGCAUAUCAUUUCCCCUUUAUUUGUGAGUGCGGGUUCAGUUUGGUUCCAUGCCUGUAAAUACUGGCAAAGCAGGAGACCAGGUGGAACAGGAAACAAGUGAGCAUUGAUGGGAAACUGAGCAGCUCUAGAUCUCCCUUGUCCAGUUUGUGGUGUGAUGGACUAUACUUUCCUCAUAGAAAAGGGUAACAGUUAAUUCUGGGCUGCACCAGCCACCCUGUUGUACGCCAAUGUGUGUGUAUAAUAUUGUGGCUGGAAUAAGUUUGGAAUUGUUUGCACCUAAAUUACUAAGAUGCAAAAAAAAUGGGAACUGGCAGAAUUACAGCAUUGCAUAGAAAUGAUUCUCUAAAGAUGGCAGCACGAUUCGGCUAUCGUACAGUUUGCCCACUUGUAUGGAUAAUUAGUUCAAUAGUUUCAAGGGCUAUAUGAACAGAUUACAAGUGAAACAGGAGGAAGGUUCAUCUCCUGUUAAACCCCUUAGGCAACAGGAAAUGUGACUUUCUUCCUAGUUGGACCAAAUGCAAUCUGAGGUGCUGUCGGGAGUUUUAUUGAAGCUGCCUCGCUGUGCCGCCUCCAAGAAGAGAAAUGGGCACUUUUCCUUCCAUAUGAAGGUGUAAGGCCAGAUAUUGAUAAAUACUACUCUUGGUAAAUCUUAUGAUGAUCCCAGAAACAGUGACACCUCCCUGUUCCAUCCACUAAUUGCUGUAUCACAGCUAAGAUAGGACCAGCGCUAUUUUUUAUUGUCCGUAUAGGCCACACUUGGCACUUCCCAUUAGUUGGGAACCAUAUGUUUUGGACCUGGAGUUGUAUUUCGCCAACAGCACGGGCAUCUCCUUGUACCAACCAAAAAUGUGUUGCUUAAAAAUAAUAUAUUAGUGAAAGGGAAACAAUGUCUAUUUUUAUUUAACACUGUUACCCACCCUUGUGCGCCUGUCUCCUGUUCACUUGAUUUGACCAAAGUUUAAAGGUCCAGUAACAUCAAUUUUUUU